UUUCCCCAUCAGACCGAAUAAGCUCUCCGAUGGAGAAUCCAAGCAGCAGUGCCGGGAAGGUAGAUGGCUUGGAGAUCACCUCCAUCGGCGCCCUCUAUGAAGGCUCUUGGGACAAGAAGUAUUGGAGCUCCUCCAGGGGCAAGGAUCGAUAUCCCUUUCCUGUUGGUUAUAAGGCUGUUCGAACUCAUUCCGGAUGCACAUACAGGAUGGAAAUUCGAGUAGGUCCCAAAGGUCCCCUUUUUAUGCUUCAGGUUACAUCUGCUGAUGGUGAUUCAUUCAGUGGGCAGACACCUGAUAUUGUCUGGGAGACCUAUCAAAAGAGGAGUAGUGUUCGGCUCAAGAACCAGACAGGGAAGAGGUUGUCUUCUAAGAUAGAUGGGAUUGAGCUCUUUGGGUUUAGGAAUCCAUUUGUUCAGCGGCUACUUCGUGAGCUUGUGGCUAAUGUUGGUGCAGUAGCAGAGCAGAGCCCAUCAUCAUCUGAUAUGUGCGAUGGGGCCAUGCAAUUAGAACAUGAAUUGCAAGUCCGAGACUCUCAAGUAUAUCCUGAUUUACUCCCAUAUUUGGAGAAGAGGCAGAGCACUGGUAAGAGAAGUGCGAAAACUAGAAAUUCGAUUAGAAGCAUCAGCAGGGAGGGAAGAGCUAAAAGGAUCUGCUCUCAAGAACUUGCAUAUCAAGAGGAUGGCACUUCCGAACAAGUUGCUCACACUUGUCCAAUGAAAAGGUCUGAAACUUCUGCUAAUUCAUCCAUUCAAACUACUCCCGGAUUUGAAAACAAGGAUAUAACUAUCAAGUCCAGCCCUUCUCUGAGAAAUCACAAGGGUAUUGAGCAUCCAGGAAUGUCAUCAUUGCCAGGGAAAACAUCCAUCGCAGUCGAGAGAAACAGAAGUUCACAGGCUACAGAUGAAUUGCCCAUGGAGCUGGAUGAUGUUGAACAAUCUACUGAUAAACAUGUUGUCCAUUUUGAGCAGGGAAAACUUGCACCGUUAGCAGAUGCUGAAGUUGAACAUGCAUACUCUUCAUUAACGCCACAAGACACUGAGACAGGACUUCCAGCUUUGGUCAGGGUCUCAGAAAUUCAUGUUCCCGAUACACUUGAUUCACUAAAAGAGGAUAACGAGGAAAGUCCUUGCAACAUGAAAGAUGAGUCAGUUUCAGUUAAGCCACUGCUGACAACAUCCAGAUCUUGCCAAGAUGAGAUGUGUUACUCAGUAACAUGCACUCAGGAUGAUGAUACUUUGUGUAAAGUGGUGAUUAAAGACUCACUUCCAGAAAUUGGCUCAUCAUCUGGUUCAUCAAAUGCUAGUCUUGAAAAGAUGGAUUUAUAUUCAGCAGAGCAAGAAUUGGCAAAAUCCAUGAUGACAUUAUUGCUUCCACGAGCUCUUCCUUUACUAAAGAAGACAUAUGAAAGAAGGCCGAGAUCUCGAAGUCGAGAAACUAGCAGAACUGUUUCAUCUUUGCAGAGGUCUGGAGGACAAAAUGAUGAUAUUGGUUUCCGUUGUCGAGAUAUACGGGCAGCUGACCUGCCUGUUCAGCUUUCACAAAAUGACUUGGAAAAUGAGGUGGAUGGCACAAAAAAGUUUCCUAUCAUAGAUUCUCCACGCCUUGGGAUCAUAGCUGAACCUCUUGGCUGCAUGGCCCUUGAUCGAUUAACUGAUACUAGAACUUUAAAAGAUAUCAAAUCUAUGGCUCCAGAUAGUUUUGAGGAUGAGCUGCUGAUCCAUGAUGUUGCAUUGAAUAAGUUGUUUUCUUCCCCUGCUCAAAGUACGAGUGCAUCUUCUGCUGAGCUAAAAUAUAAUAUGGCUAAUCCAGAGUUGCAUAUUUAUAAUAUAGAAGAGGAUAGAGAUGGAUGCUAUUUGAGACAUGAUGUAUGCAGUGAAGCAAUUAUGUUAGCAAAGGAAGUAAAACAAUCUGACAUUAUACUGUCUGAUCCCACUUGUGAUCCUGAUGCCCAUAACCAUAUGGAAAAAGAAGAAAAUAAAGUUGGUUAUAUGACUAGCAAUCAAAUUGCCAAUAUCCCUCCGCUGGGACAUUCUUCCUUCAUGCACAACAUUUCUCAACAAUCCAAAGGUGAACCAUCUCACAAUGUUGGAGAACAAGAUUUAGGUUCUGGAUGCUUGAAGGGAAAGAUUCCUUUCCGAAAUGAUGAGGCUGAAUUUUUCAGGCAAGCUUCUUCUGUUUGUUAUGAUAAUAACAAAAAAUUUGAGGAAGACUGUAUUCUUAAAGCUAGUGUAAUUCCUGAAGUUGUUUCUGGUUCUCCAGAGAAAAGGCUUCAAAUUUCUAGUCCUUGUGAUCUAGCUAAUUCUGAUAGUAAUACAAUCUUAGACUCCAUAGAUGCUGGCAUCAGAAGCCAAGUUGGGGGCAUUGAAAACCCAUUGGUAAGGCUUCAGGGUAAAGCAUAUACCAGUAGGAAAGCAAAUUCUUCUGAUGGUUAUAUGUUGAAAGCAACUCAUUCAAUGGUGGAGAACUUGCUUGACUGUAAGACUGAAGUUGAGGUUCCUCAGUCAUCUAGUAUUCCCCUUUCAGAAAGUAUCAUUUGUCGCAACUAUAACCAGUCAGAUGUUCCUAAGCCGUGCUUUAAUCCCAUUAUAAAUGCUGCCGGAAGUGUUCAGUCUGGACCUACAAACAAUGUCUUAAACAAGCCUCCAUUUCUCAAUGAAGCCAUGCUCAACAAUCAACCAAGUUUACUGAGCUCUGUUGGUAAUGUACAUGGUUCCGGAGAAAGUGUGUUGGCUGCAGCUCUAGAAGGUGGGACCAAGAAUGAUCAGGAUGAUGCUGGCAAUCCUGUCGAGGAAAUUUUAGUUUGUUUAGAGAAUAAGUUACCUCAACCAUUAACAGGGCCUAAUGAUAAUGUGAGUUCAUCUCAAAAUUGGUUCCACCAUGGAAAUCAUUUGGAUGGUUUCUCAUUGAAAGUCAUUAAACCUAAUGAAGAGUUCCCGAAAUUUAUGAAGCUUGUUGGUUGCUACUUGCAUCCAACUUCUGUCCUGUCAAUAUUCUCCAGUGCAGAAGGGGAUCACUUAAAAAUAGGUGUAAUUUGCGGCCUUCCGGAUAGCACAGACAGAAAUCUUCUCGUAUAUAUGGUUCCUCUUCAGGAACAAGGAAUUGGUCCCUCUUUUCUUGGUUACACGUCACUUCGUUGUCCUCUUUUGAACUGCCCCCAGCAGGCCUCAUUUGAAGGAUCAGGAAUACAAUUUACUCCUGAUGGUCAGUCUCUCAUUCUUCUUAACAGUGUCCAGGCACCUCAUUGCAGGGAACAAAAUUCUAGUUGCUCAUGCUCAAAGUGUACGACAGGCUAUUAUGAUGAAAAUACUAUAGAAAUUGUGCAUCUAGAAUAUGGUUAUGUUUCAUUGGUGGCCAAGCUAGUGAUCGUGGAGAAUAUGUCCAGUAUAUUAGUUUGUGAACAAAGUUACCUUGUUGCUAUUGGGGAGAGUGGGAGACUGCAUGUUUGGAUAAUGAAUCCCAGAUGGAGUUCAAAAUUAGAAGAAUUCAACAUGCAGGGCUUUGAUUACUUAUCACCUAGAGUGUCGGAACUGAAAGAUUUGCCAAGUUGCACUUCCAUCGUAAUUGGUCACAAUGGUGUUGGUGACUUUGGUUUAUGGGACAUCUCCAAGCGUGUCCUUCUGGCUAAGUUUUCUUCUGAAGGCAAUAAAAUCUCUCAGAUGCUUCCAGUUGGUUUCUUAAGUUGGAAAAAAGCAUGUCUUCUUGCAACCGACGUGGAGAUAGAAGAGCACAUUAAGGAGGCCUUACAAAAAGAUGUUUCUCUUUUUAAAGAUGAUGAGAACAUCUGUACCUCAUCUUUUGGAGAUGACACAGCUGUUUGGCUUCUGGUAUCUGCAGCAUCAGACUCAGAGGCUGUAGAUGAUGAUAAAGUUAGAGAUGCAAGAGGACCAGCUGGAGGGUGGAGGCUCGCUCUUCUAGCAAAAAAUAUGGUUUUCACGGGACAUGCUUUCGAUAGCAGGGUUUCCGUAUUGGAUACAUUGGCUGAUUAUUGUAUAUGUGGAACCCAAGAUGGCCUUGUAUACAUCUGGGAAUUGUCUUCUGGGAGAAAACUGGCCAAUCUGCAUCAAUUCAAGUGUGGUGUUUCAUGCAUUAAAGCUGAUGCCAAGUCUGGUACGUUGAUAGUUGCUAGCAAUGAAGGGCAGUUGCUGGUUUAUGUUCAAUCUCAAGUAAGAAACUGCAAAUCCAACGGGUGAUGCGGUGUUGAUAUAUAUUCAAUGAUUACUCUCCCCUCAUUUGUUUGCAGUAAGCCUGCAUGGAUUCAUCUCUGAAGUUAUUUAUGAAGAUAAAGAUUGUUUUCUCUCUUUGUGGCAACCAUGUGCUCAUGUGCCCUUUUGCAAGCUGGAAUCUGGAUAUCAGUGAUCAUGUGCCCAAGAUGUAAAAAACUAACAAUAGACCAAUCUAGUGAACAUGCAAAAAUUGAAGAUUGAUUGGCAUCGGUGAUAUCAUUGUCAAUCUUUAUUAGAAUAGCUAGGAAUUAGAAGCUGUUUGUCUUUUCUUAUUCCGCUUUUGUAUGUAUUAUAUGAGACAUAAACUUUGUAUAGAAGAUAUGGAUUACUUAAGUGUUAUUCCCUAGAGCUAGUUGCCAAAAUAAUAAUGACAAAUGAGUAUUGAGAUUCA